AUGAAGGCCACCCCGCUCAUCAUCAAUUGGCACGACCAAAACGCCCCCGUCUACUCGGCACACUUCGAGCCUGGUGGGAAGGGUCGUCUUGCUACUGCCGGUGGUGAUAAUCACGUCCGAAUCUGGAAGGUCGAAUCCGAUGGCCUCGAGCGAAAAGUCGAAUACCUCUCAACCUUGUCAAAGCAUAAUCAAGCCGUGAAUGUUGUUCGCUGGGCUCCAAAAGGCGAAACUCUGGCGUCCGCAGGCGACGACGGCAAUGUCAUUCUCUGGGUACCCAGCGAACUUCCCCCCUCCAACUUUGGCGGAGACACCCAGGACGACAAAGAGUCAUGGAGGGCGAAGCAUAUGUGUCGAUCUAGUGGAGCCGAAAUAUAUGACCUGGCCUGGUCUCCCGAUGCCGCACACUUCAUAAUUGGAAGCAUGGACAACAUUGCUAGAAUAUACAAUGCCAACUCUGGAACUCUCGUGAGACAAAUUGCCGAACACAGUCAUUAUGUCCAGGGCGUUACCUGGGAUCCUUUAAACGAGUACAUCGCCACGCAGUCUUCCGAUCGAUCUGUCCACAUCUACUCUCUCAAGACGAAAGACGGCCAAUAUACGCUUAGUCACGAUGACAAGCCUCCGCGUCUGGCUAGUCACAUCAAGGCCGACUUGCCGCCUCGACGAAUAUCGUCAAACAGUCCUGCCCCGCCCGACUUCGGCCAUCGGGCGCAAUUUUCAAUGGCAGACUCGGCAACAUCUGUUGGCUCGCCUGUUCCAUCAGCGCCCGGCACUCCCACAUCGAUCCCCUUGCCGAUGAAUCCACCAAGUGUCGUGAGCCACAGCCGAAGAUCCUCAUUCUCUUCACGACGUUCCGUUUCGCCUGCCCCGACGCUGCCUCUUCCCGCUGUGAUGCCCAUGGAAGCCUCACCUAAGCCACAGCUAGGCAUCAAGAACGCCAGUCUUUACGCUAAUGAAACAUUGACAUCUUUCUUUCGUCGACUGACGUUUACUCCCGACGGUAGUCUUCUGCUUACGCCAUCCGGUCAGUAUCAAACUCAGCACCAAACAGAAAAGGAUUCCAAACCCACCUACGAAGUCAUUAAUACCGUGUACAUCUACACUCGAGGUGGCAUCAACAAGCCACCAAUUGCGCAUUUGCCAGGACACAAGAAGCCAUCUGUCGUGGUCAAAUGUUCUCCUGUAUGCUACACGCUCCGUCCAUCGCCCCCAGCUACGAUGCAUAUCACCAUAGAUACCUCAUCAGCUGAAGAGCAGUUGCCCUCGUUACCAGAGCCCGUCUCCAAAUCAUCGCCUGGUGCUGCGGUGAUGGAACCACCACCGCCCCCGGCGAGCGUCUCGUCCGAGACUAGUGGUUCUCAGUCGAAGCCUCUAAAUGUGGAGACCGAUGUGUCGACGCCUGGCCCAAAGCCUGCCUUUUCUCUGCCUUACCGUAUGGUUUACGCCGUUGCAACCCAGGAUUCAGUGUUGUUAUACGACACUCAGCAAAAGACUCCAAUUUGCGUUGUGAGCAACUUGCAUUGUGCUACCUUUACGGAUUUAGCUUGGUCGAGUAAUGGCCUCACCUUGGUGAUCUCAUCUUCGGAUGGAUUCUGUUCAACCUUGUCAUUUGCAUCUGGGGAGUUGGGAGAAAUUUACAAAGGAGAAAUCGGACCUCCAAAGCCUACAGCCACUUCAACCACUGCUGCUUCAAAUCAAAACACACCAACUCCGACGCCCACGACGAGCUUCGCCCCUCCGUCUCCUUUCCCAAAUGGCUCUCAUCACCAGCACCGGAACUCUGCUACUUCAUUUACGGCACCAUCACCGCCAGCUACAGCGCCCGCAGGAUCGCAACGGCCUGCAUCGCCUGCACGCUCCAACUCGACAUCGUCAGUUGCGACACAGUCCUCGUCCGUCCCCACGGGCGUUGUGAGCAAUCCUCCACUUAUUGCAGGUAGUGUGCCAGGGUUGACGGCAACCAAUUCUUCCAAAGCCCAGGGCGUUCCCAUCACAACUCCACCUGAAACGCCUCGAAGUACUGCCGGAAGCGUUGUGGGCAUGAAGCGCGAUGCUAGCGAAAGCGAAAAGGAAGAAACCAGGGAGCCUAAAAAGAGGCGAAUUGCGCCAACUCCUGUGGAGAAGUCGUAG